GCGGUCCGCUCGUUGUUAGGUUUGUGGAAAAGGAGACUCCGAGAGAGAGGGAGAGGGAGACGCCAUGGAUGAGAGCUUCGACGUGCGAGUGAAGCGGCUCUUCGGUUCCCGGCUCUUCGAGUCCGUCCCAGGGAGCUCCUUCCCGGGGUCUUCCUGGUCCGUCGCUGACGGUGAGGUUGAGCGCCGCGAGUGGAACCGCGAGCGCGGCGCCGGCUCCGACCGCGACGACAACCCCUGCUCCUCCGCCUUCGUCGAGGGCGGCUUCUUCGCGAAGAAGCGCAAGGGCGCGAGGGAUACCAAGAAGGAUCGGUUUGAAGACGAUCUCGACGAGCCGGAUGACUGCGAGGAUGGCGACGGCGUCGGCGGAGGAGGGGAGGAUAUCAGGGAUGAUGGGGAUAUAGAGGAGAGGGAGAUCAGGUCUUCCAUCGGGAUGGAUCCAACCCUGGAUAACGAGGAUGAGGAGGAUGAAUAUGAUAGAACAGCAAUUGGCAUGGAGAAUGCUGGGGAUCGUUUGUAUAUGAGGAAUGUCACAGAUCAUGGCCCUCGCAUAAACUUCCACACCCUCGUUCCCGAUUUACCUGAGGAUUCAUUUGAGGAAAUGCAUGAUUUCCAUAGGGAUCCACGUGCAGAUCACUUUGCUGCAGAUGCAAGGCUCGAAGAAUACAAGAAAGCUGCAGAGAAUUGUCAUCUCCUUCAAAAUCAUGAUAGUAGAAAGCCUGCUGUAGAUUCAGUAGUUAAGAUAGCCGAGAAUGAUACCAAUUUAAAGCCCAUUCUGAAAAGAAAAGAGGAGCAGAAUGAUUCCAAGCCAAAAAAACGUGUUAGGUUUGAUCCUGAAUGUAAAGAUGUCCGUGCUGAGAUGAAUGAAGAACAUGAAGAUCUUUACAUGCUUCCACAGUCUAUGGAAACCGCUGCAGCCAUGGAAGUAUCAUUGCCUGAAGAAUCCCCUGGAGUUCCUGAUUACAUAAGAAAUCCCUCUAAGUAUACCCGCUAUACUUUUGACUCACCAGAUGUGGUUGAUGACACAACUAACUGGCAGGCUUUUGCAGAAUUCCGUAAUUUGGUGAAGAGGUCAAACCCUGAUCAGAUGCAAACUGAGUUUCUGGUGGAGCUUCCAAGGUCUGUGAAAUUCAUCCCUCGAAAGAAGUCAGGUGAUGCUAUAUCAAUGGAUGGUAGCUCGGGAGAUACUCAGCACUCUUCAAGGGAGUUUGGUCAGAUAUCAGCUUGUUUGACGGGCAUUGCAGCAAGGGACCAAGAAAGUGAUGUAUGUGAUAUCGAGGAAGAUGAUGUGGAAGCUUCUACGGUAGUAGCUAGUACCAGCUCAAGGAAAGUGGAUCGCAUGUAUCGGUCAAAGUCGCCCUCAGAUGAUUAUACCUGAUUGUUCUGUUGUAUUGAACUGUCGUUGGCUAAUACAUGCAAUCAGAAUGCCAUCAUCAUAAUGUUAUUUCACAAUUCUAAGUUGCCAUUAUGUAUGUAAAGAUAUUUUAGCUGUUUUCUAUGGAAGGGGGAUGGAGAGGAUUUCAUCAUGCAGCUCUCUCUGAUUUA